AUGAGCAACGCCGAUUUCUUGGGCCGGGCUAUCGAAACGGUCAAGAAGGCCAUUGAGACGGACACCGCAGGCGAAUAUGAGAAGGCAUACCAGAUGUACUACAGUGCUCUCGAGCUGUUCAUGCUCGCUCUUAAGUGGGAAAAGAACCAGAAGUCCAAGGAUAUGAUUCGGGGCAAGGUCGCUGAGUACAUGGAGCGCGCGGAGAAGCUCAAACAACAUCUGAAUGCGAACGACGAGUCAAAUCGAAAGAAACCCUCAGCCAUGGGCGCAAACGGAAAAUCGUCAGGUGGGAGUGGCAAGGGUGGAAAGGACGACGAUGACGAACAAGACGCCGACUCCAAGAAGCUGCGCGGUGCACUCUCCGGCGCCAUCCUUACCGAGAAGCCAAACAUCCGAUGGGAAGACGUCGCAGGUCUGGAGGGAGCGAAGGAGGCGCUGAAGGAGGCCGUCAUAUUACCGAUCAAGUUCCCGCAUCUCUUCACCGGCAAGCGACAACCGUGGAAAGGUAUCCUGCUGUACGGACCACCAGGUACCGGUAAGAGUUAUCUCGCAAUAGGCCGUGGCAACAGAAGCAAACAGCACAUUCUUCAGCGUCUCAAGUUCCGACCUAGUCAGCAAAUGGAUGGGAGAAUCCGAGAGGUUGGUAAAACAACUUCUUCGGCAUGGCCCGCGAAAAACAAACCCUCCAUCAUCUUCAUCGACGAAAUCGACGCCCUGUGUGGCCCCCGCGGCGAAGGCGAAUCCGAAGCCUCGCGCCGCAUCAAAACCGAGCUCCUCGUGCAAAUGGACGGUGUCGGCAAAGACUCCAAGGGCGUCCUCAUCCUCGGCGCAACAAACAUCCCCUGGCAACUCGACUCCGCCAUCCGCCGCCGCUUCCAGCGCAGAGUACACAUUUCUUUGCCCGACCUGCCCGCGCGCAUGAAGAUGUUCGAACUCGCGGUUGGCAACACCCCGUGCGAACUCAACCAGCAGGACUACCGCACGCUGGCGGAUCUCAGCGAGGGGUACUCCGGUUCGGAUAUUUCCAUCGCAGUGCAGGACGCGCUGAUGCAGCCUGUGCGGCUCAUCCAGACGGCAACGCAUUACAAGCCCGUGGAGGUCGAGGGCGUGACGAAAUGGACCCCAUGCUCGCCCGGCGAUCCACAGGCGCAGGAGAAGUCGUGGACGGAUCUCGAUGGCGAUCAGUUGCUGGAGCCGCCGCUGAAGGUGCGGGAUUUCGUCAAGGCGAUCAAGGCGUCGAGACCGACGGUUAGUAAAGAGGAUCUUACGCGGAGUGCGGAUUGGACGAAGGAGUUUGGAAGUGAGGGUGCGUAG